AUGGAUGAGGAAGAUGAGGAGAUAUUUGACAUAUUCAUAAAGGUAGCGGUAAACGUUCCACUUCUUAAUGUGAUUAAGCAAAUUCCCAAAUAUGCCAAAUCUCUGAAAAACUUGUGCACUCACAAAAGGAGAUUGAAGGGAAGUGAGAGAGUUAAUAUGGGAAGGAAUGUUUCUGAUUUCAUUCAACCUAAGACACCUGAAAAAUCUAUAACUGAGCAAAAUGUUUCAGCUUUCACUCAAGCCAUGCCCCAAAAGUGCAAAGAUCCGAGGACUUUUGCUAUUCCAUGUACCAUUGGGGAUAAUUUUUUCAUUCUGGAUAUGGAAGGAGAAGCUGAGUCAAGCAGGGCAUCCAUCAUUUUAGUUGAAGCUCUCGACAUCCCGACUUCCCCAACCAAAUUGUCCAUUGGCCAACCACCUUCCGUAGAGCUUAAACCACUUCCUGAUAAUCUGAAAUGUCCAUUUUUGGAGAGGAAUGAAAAGCUAACGGUUUUGAAGAAGCAUAAGAAGGUGAUUGGGUGGACUUUGGCUGACUUACCUAGUAUUAGCCAUUCCACGUGUAUGCAUAGGAUUUUACUUGAAGAUGGAGCUAAAGUUGUGAGGCAUCCCCAAAGAAUACAUAACCCUUUGAUUCUUGAUGUUGUUAAGAAUGAGAUAACCAAGUUAUUGCAAGAAGGUUACUUUCAUAUCCAUAUUGCACCAGAGCAUCAUGAAAAGACAACUUUCACGUGGCCAUUCAUGUUUAUGGAUGAUUUUACUAUUUAUGGUUCUUCAUUUGAUGCAUGCUUGAAAAGUUUGGAUAUGAUUUUAGAAAGAUGCAUUGAAACUGACCUUGUUUUUAAUUAUGAAAAAUUCCAUUUUAUGGUUGAACUGGGAAUUGUUUUAUGGCAUAUAAUCUCUAUAGAAGGAAUUUUAGUAGAUCAUUCUAAGAUUGAUGUGAUUUCUACACUGCCUUACCCAUCUUGCAUUCGCGAGAUUCAUUAUUUUCUUGGUUAUGCAGGUUUUUACAUGCGCUUCAUAAAGGAUUUAAGCAAGAUAGCUCUUCCGCUAUCAAACUUGUUGAAAAAUGAUAUCACUUUCAACUUUGAUGACAAAUGUAAAAAGGCAUUUGAUUUCUUGAAGAAGGCAUUGACCUCUACUCCCAUCAUCCAGCCGCCUGACUGGACCCUCCCUUUUGAAAUUAUUUGUGAUGCAUCUAACUAUGGAGUGGGGGCGGUUCUAGCAUAA